AUGUUGUUAUCCCGUCGUGCCUGUUACAAGUGUGGCAACAUCGGCCAUUACGCUGAGGUGUGCUCGUCCGCCGAACGUCUUUGCUAUAACUGCAAGCAACCUGGCCACGAGUCCAAUGCCUGCCCACGACCUCGUACGACUGAGACCAAGCAGUGCUACCACUGUCAAGGAUUGGGUCAUGUCCAGGCUGACUGCCCUACUCUUCGCUUAAACGGUGGUGCCAACGGCGGUCGCUGCUAUAGCUGCGGUCAAGCCGGCCACUUGGUUCGCAACUGCCCCACUCCCAACGCCCAGCCUGGAGCUGGUCGCGGCAGCGGUGCUCCUCGUGGAAACUUCGGUGGAUCAUUCCGCGGCGGAUUUGGAGGAUACCCCAGAGCUGCGACUUGCUACAAGUGCGGCGGUCCUAACCAUUUUGCUCGUGAUUGUCAGGCUCAGGCCAUGAAGUGCUACGCAUGUGGCAAGUUGGGUCACAUUUCUCGCGACUGCACUGCUCCCAACGGGGGUCCCUUAAGUUCUGCUGGAAAGGUGUGCUACAAAUGCUCUCAGGCCGGCCAUAUCUCUCGCGAUUGUCCUACCAACGAGAACAAACCCCAAACCUCUACCGAUAAGGCCACAUCCGCCGCAACAUCUGCUGCUGCCACCGCUACUUCUCCGGCUGCAGCCUCAGCUGCUCCCUCCACAGCUAUCGAAGGCUCCGCGGAUGUUGUUGCUGCUGCUCCUGCAACUGCUGCUGCCGCUUAG